AUGGGGCAAACGGCGUCGUAUCUCGGCCAAUUCUUUCCUGCUAAGCCCAAGUUCACCGCGGCUGAUGUACCAGACUUGACUGGGAAAGUCGUGAUAGUGUAUCUGGCUGCUAGGAGCAAGUCGAAAGCAGAGGCUGCGAUUCAAGACCUUAAAGCACAAACGGGAAAAGAGGCAUUAUUCCUCGAGCUGGACUUAUCCAGUCUUGAUAGCGUCAAGCGAUCAGCCCAGGAAUUCCUGAGCAAGGAACCGGCACUCCAUAUAUUAUUCAACAAUGCGGGUGUGAUGUGGCCCCCGAUUGAUCAGCUUACUGCAGACGGAUAUGAUCUGCAAUGGGGGACAAACGUUCUCGGUCACUUUUACUUCACUGAACUACUCAUGUCAGCUCUAAUUGCCGGUGCCGAGACUUCGCCGGACAAGAAAGCCCGCGUAGUAACCACUUCUUCCUUCGGCAACUACAUGGUGAAGGGCAUCGACUUCGCUUCCUUCAGAGACGGACCGGAAAGGAAGAAGUUGGGCCCGCAAGACCUAUACAGUCAAAGUAAAUUAGGGAAUGUUCUUAUCGCCCGUGAGGUGGCCAAGCGGUAUGGAGAUAAGGGGAUAGUCUCAACAUCCGUCAAUCCAGGGAAUAUCCGCACUGAGCUGACACGACAUGCCACAUUUCCAGGGAUGAAACUACUUUCUGUUCUCGUGUUAUACCCUGUUCACUACGGCGCAAUCACCCAAUUGUAUGCCGGAACCUCGCCUCAGACCGUGGAUGCCAAUGGAAAGUUCUUCGUCCCUUGGGCAAGGGAGGCGAAGCCCAAUCCGGUGGCUUUAGAUUCAGAGCUCGGAGAGCGCCUGUGGAAGUGGUGUGAAGAGCAAGUGAAGGACAGAUAG